UCCAGUUCCACAGGAUCCAGCGCCCUUCUGUGUCCUCUGAGGGCACUACACGACAUGGGUACACUUAUAUACAUGCAGGCAAUAUACACAUACACAUUAAAAAAAAAAACCUCUAGUGUAUUACUACCACAAGCUGCUUCAUUAGUUCCUUGGUGAACUCAGAUUCUUUCUAGACCUGUUAAGAGUACUGGGUCAAAAAACUUGUAUGUGUGAGUUCAAGGCCAGCCUGGCCUAUAUAGCAUGUUCCAGGCCAGCUGGGGUACAGGGAGACUCUGUCUCAAAAAGACCAUAAAACAAAAAAAGUAAAACAAGUAUGUGUUUUUAAGAAUUUAAGAAACAGCCGAGAAACAUGUACAUUUAAAAUUCCAUUCCCAUCCUGAGGAAAUAAAGUAAUUCUAAAAUGGUCUGUUAUUUUGAUGUCACCUGUGGUAUCUUAUGUUUACAUUUUUUAAAAAAAUGGUAUUUAUUGGCCUUUGGUAUUUGUUUUUGAAAAGCCUGGUCAUCUUUUGCUCCAUGAGUUUCUACUGGAUAAGUGUAUGGUAGAACACUCAAAAAUGGAAAGAAAAUUAAGAUUUAAAUGUUUUAGCAAAGUAAAAAAGGUAGGUUUGAAUCAGUUUGUGAAUUAUACUUUGGUCAGGUAACUUCGCACUUAACUGUGAAACUGGAAGGUGGUUUGUCUUAAAAUGUGAACAGUAAACGGGAUAAUGUUGACAAUUACUACAAUAGGCUGCAAAGUACAUGUAUCCAGCAGCAGUCUAAACAGUGCAGCAGGCAGAAACAGUGGCUGGUCUCUGAAGAAACCUAGGAGGCCAUCUCUAGCAUUUUCAGGGAUCGCUGCUGCCCCUCCUGCCAGGUGGUGGUGGUGUUACUAUGGCAACAAGGCACGCGCUGCCCUGUAGUAUCUUCCCCAGCCGUUACCUUCCUAGGUCAGGCCGGGACACUGAGUGCAGCGGAGACUGAGCGGCACACAUUGGUCCUUAGGUGUGAGACUGAUUCCCCUACCCGGCCAGGGCGAGCGGCCGGGCAACAUGGCCAAGGCGGCGGCCAGCUCGGCGCUGGAGGACUUGGACCUGAGCGGAGAGGAGGUCCAGCGGCUCACCUCCGCCUUUCAGGACCCGGAGUUCCGCCGAAUGUUCUCCGAGUACGCCGAGGAACUGACGGACCCGGAGAACCGGAGGCGCUACGAGGCGGAGAUCAAGGCGCUGGAGCGGGAGCGCGGGGUGGAGGUGCGGUUCGUGCACCCGGAGCCGGGCCACGUGCUGCGCACUAGCCUGGACGGGGCGCAGCGCUGCUUCGUGAACGUGUGCAGCAACCCGCUGAUCGCAGCACCCAGCAGCCGGCCGGGCCCGGGGCGCGAUGGCACCGCGGCGGGCAGCCACUGGUCGCUGCCCUACAGCCUGGCGCCUGGCCGCCCGUACGCUGGGGGCAGCGGCAGCCGCUACACCGUCUACGACGUGGUCUUCCAUCCCUACGCGCUGGCGCUGGCCGGGCGCCACGAGGGCUUCCGCGAGAUGCUGGACGCCACGGCCCUGGAGGCGGUGGAGAAGCAGUUUGGCGUCAGGCUGGACCGCAGGAACGCCAAGACCCUGAAGAUCAAGUACAAGGGGACCCCCGAGGCCGCCGUACUGCGCACACCACUUCCCGGGGGCGCCCCGGCCGGGCCCAAGGGGGAGCCGCAGGGCCCGCUCCCGGACCUGCCCUACCCCUACCGGUACCCCGCGGCGGUGCAGAGCGCGGCGCCCCCUGCUCCCGACGCGCGGUCCGCCACCGAGGCGGAGCAGCGGCCCGCGCCCACUGAGCCCCGCUGCAGCGUGGUGCAGCGCCACCACGUGGACCUGCAGGACUACCGCUGCUCGCGCGACUCGACCCCGAGCACCGUGCCGCACGAGCUGGUGGUUACCAUCGAGCUGCCGUUGUUGCGCUCGGCCGAGCAGGCGGCGCUGGAGGUGACGGGGAAGCUGCUGUGCCUGGACUCCAGGAACCCCGACUACCGCCUUCGCCUCUCGCUGCCCUACCCGGUGGAGGAAGGCCAGGGCAAAGCGCAGUUCAACAAGAGCCGGCGGCAGCUCCUGGUCACGCUGCCCGUGGCGCUCUCCGCCGUGCGCCGGGACUUCGCUUUGGCGCCGGAAGAGUCAGCGGCCUGGGCCGGAACUGACGGCGCGGCCUGCGCUUCCGCCGGGGAGGGCCCCGCCGAAAGUCCAGAGGGAACCCGGGUAGCAGCCUCCACUGUCGCCACCAGCCCUGGCACUGAGGAGGAGCUCGGCCCACUGGAGGACUUCGGUCGGGACUCAGUGUUGCCGCCAGGCCUGGGGGACGAGCCCCCUGCCGGAGAUCUCAGCACCCGGACGCUUGCGGAAGCGGUGAGCCCAGCAAUGGGUGGCCCGGGGACCGAGAGCACCGAACCUCUGUGCCCUCCUUUGAAGUGUACUCAGGAUGAAGACUCCUUGACUCUGCUGGUUCAAGUGCCUCGUAUUGAGCCGCAAAGUCUUCACGGGGAUCUGACCCCCCUGCGGUACAAAUUAUACUUCUCUACACAAGACUCAGCUUAUUCCUUCUCUUUGCACUUUGCUGCCGAGAAUACAUUGAGUACCGAAGAUCCCGUGAUUAGUAUUUCUUUAAACAAUGCAGUGAUAGUACUGGCCAAAUCUCCAGAGAGCCACGGACAUUGGCGAGAGUGGUAUUGUGGCUUGAACGACGAUUCUUUGGAGGAAAGAUUGUUUGUCAAUGAAGAAAAUGUUAAUGAGUUUAUUGAAGAGGUUCUUCAGUCUCCAUUGAAACAGGCAAGGCCCCUGACUUCACCACUGAUUGAAGUUCUCCAGGUUACUAAUGAGAAGAUUCAUAUUCAUGCAAAGUUACAAGAAUGUAGUAAUCCUGAUGAGCUUCAAGGAGAGGAAAAAGGAGUUAAUGAAGAAUGUCAGGUAACUGAAAAAGAAAAUACAGAACAUUUUACCACCUCUACAACUGCUUCUGAUUCAUCUGUAGCACUUAAAGCACUAAAAAUAGAUACUUGUGGUUUAGUUGAGAGCUUUCACCAAGAGUGUCCUGAUGUUUCUCAAAUGGUAUUUGAAAAAUCUCAGCAACCUGAAGCAAAAAUGGAACCUGAGCUUAUAAAAGAGGACAGUGCUGCCUACUCAGCUGAAGAAAAGGACAAUAAAAAAGAACCAGCAAUAAAGGAAAAAGAAUUGGAUGGAGAUCACCCGUCUUCAUUAUUGAAGAAAACUGUAGUUCAAAACACAUCUGAUUCUGACAGCAUAAGAGAAACUAACAUGCAGGACGGAAGUGUGCAGAUUAUUAAAGAUCAUACAACUCAUUGUGCAUUCAGUUUUCAGAAUUCUUUGUUAUAUGAUUUGGAUUAAUUCUAUAAAAUUUCAAAAUAUUUAUUUUAGACCUAAAAUAGUUUCUGUUAACCAUAAAAAUGAUGCAUAAGUAAAAAUUUGUAGUUUGGGGCCUGGAAAGAUGGCUUAGCCAGUUAAGAACCCAGACUUUGGGGGCUGGAGAGAUGGCUCAGUGGUUAAGAACACUGGUUGUUCUUGCAGAAGACCCAGGUUUGAAUCCCAGCACCCACA